UGCACAACUUCUCAGUGUAUUGUAUCUGUCUGGGUCUGCUUGCAUUUUCAGGAUGGCCAAGGUUGAAAAAAUUGCCGUUUUCGGAAACUCGUCAGAGGAAUCGUUCAUUAAUAGCCCAAUUUACGAGUUCGAUUACGAAUAUUACGAUCUUGAUAUUUCAUUUGACGGACUCAAAGCGAAUAAGUAUUCCAUUGUAAUAGCUUUCUGGGUUGGUCUUGCUGUGUUUAUGAUAUUUCUCUUCAUAAUACUUAUGUUGAUGUCACGCUCUGGCCCUACACCAGCACCAAUUGACAGUUCAAGAAGAAAGCCAACAACAACGUUUACUAGGAAUAAUCAUCAAGAGCAAGCAGAGAAUGUGAUCAACUGUGUUAUUUCAUCAUUACUACCAGAUGACACCGGAAAAGCAGCGAACAGCAAUGUCAACAAUGAACAGAAGUGCCCUGGAGCCUCUGCAGGGCCACAGAUACAGCUGGAUAAUACUAUAGAUUCUGGCAGAGUAAUUCCACAAUCAAACUAACUCUAAUUGGCAUAGGUUUCCUUGUGUUAGUCCUGGGAUAAACUUGUAGUGUCGCAAUAUUUAGCAAUAUGGUCAGAAAAAAAUAUUCAUAUAUGUUUGGAUAGUUCAGGGGAUUCGUGAAAUUCCUAAUUGAAUUGUUGGAGUUGUACUAAAUAACAUCACUAGCAAAUAAAUGAACUUGUUGGAACAGCAGGCCAGGCAGCAUUUGUAGCAAGAGGGGCGUAAAUUCUGGGCCUGAUUGUGCUGGUUCAGUCUCGCACAUAGAAGUGGGGACUAUGGAAAGUAAAUCACAAAGCUCCAGAGGAAAUAUUCUUUACAAAAUAUUGUAAAGGCUGGGAGGGAGUCAUGUGCUUGGUGGUGACAUUAUUUUGGUGGUGUCAAGAAAAGGGCAGAGAAUGCUUCUUUGAAUGCAGAGGCUGACAGAGAGGAAAGUGAGCACAAGGCAACUAUACAUAAACAGGAGUCCUGCUGAAGGGUCUCAGACCGAAAUAUCAACCAUUUAUUCUGCUCCAUAGAUGCUGCCUGACCUGCUGAGUUCUUCCUUUAUUUUGUGUGUAUUGCAUAAGAAAGCUAUAUUCCGAUUCCCAUUCCCAUUCCGAUGUGUCAAUCCAUGGCCUCCUCUUGUGCCAAGAUGAGGCCACCUCAGAAAACAGGAUUGUGGUUUUGAGAGUGUGUGAAAACCAAGUGUGGCAACUGGAAACAUAAGACAUAUAGUUAAGAUAUGGAAUGGAUAUGCCUAACGGCCUUUCUGGGCUUAAAGAAAGAGAAUCCUCAGCUGAGGACAAAGGAAGAUCCUUCAAACCAAAGCAAGUUUUACCUUCUGCUCCACCAGCAAAUCUAACAAAUCACCUUCUUCAAUUUCUUACACCUCCAGGUAAUGCUAUAACCAAACGCACCUUCUCCUCCUACCCCUUCUUACUGAUUUUGCUCUCUUAUUUAUCUCCAGCAGGACCCACUCUCAUCCAAUGGCACCUUUCUAUAGAAUUACAGGAAGUUCAACACCUGACCUUGUAUUUCUUCCUACCAACCAGGGGUCCAAAAUUUCACUGUGGGUGAGGGAAUGAAAUUGAUACUUCUUUUCAGCAUCUGGACCAUUCUCUUCACCCAUUCCCCACUCUGCAGCAUAGGCUAGUUUUCUCAUUUUUCCAGUCCUAAUAAAAAAGCCAUCAGUCUGAAACAUCAACUGUGCCUAUCUCCACAGAUAUUGCCUGGCCUGCUGAGUAUUCCCAGCAUUUUUGUUUUCAGAUUUCCAGUAGCUGUAGAAUUUUACAUUUGUGUUGGCAACAAAUGCACUUUUCAAUUUUUUUUUCAGUAAUACUUUGAAGCAUCUACUGUGAAAGGUCACGCAACUGUGACACGGUAGUGUAGUGGUGAGCACAAUGCUUUAUAGUACAGACUGCCUGAAUUCAAUCCCCACUGCUGCCUGUAAAAAAUUUGUUCCUUCUCCCCGUGACCAUGUGGGUGCUCCGGUUUCCUCCCACAGUCCAAAGACGUACUGGAUGGUAGGUUAAUUGGUCAUCAUAAAUUAUCCCUUACUUAGGGUAGGAUUAACUCGGGGAGUGUGGCUUGAAGAGCCAGAAAGGCCUAUUUUGCACUGUAUCUCAAAAAAAAAUGCUGAUGCCUUCAAUACUUUCAUAAAAAAGUGCAGUUUCAACUCACUUGUGGUAACGCUACACUGCAGAGUGCCUGAGGUGACAGUUGCUGAUUAAUAGAAAAGUCCUGGCUUUACAGGAAUAUGCACAUACACACUGUCACACACAUUCACUCACACACAUAAACAACCGCCAAAAAUUCUGUCCUCAACAUUCACUGAUUCUGAUCCCCACAGUGAGAACAAGUUUGAAAAAAGGACAUCUUCCAUCUAUGGCUCUGUCACACAAACAUGAUCAACACAAAAUUGCAACCAAAUCUAGUUAUCAUUCCAUUAUCAAAAUAAAUCCACCAAGAUGCAGGUUAUACUGAAACCUUCUUGGUCUGUGACCUCAGAAAUCCAGAAACAUGUAUGUAUCCAACGCAAAUGAAAUAAUGGAGUUGGAUUAUUUUUACUGUAAAGCUUUAACAUUAAAUGUUUGG